UUUUUAUUUCAAAGUAUAAAAGUUCAUCACACAACCACAGUGAUGAAGAGAUAAGACAAGUAAUAUAACAACCACUUUUAGUAUCACCUCCAACUUACUAACCUGCAAAAUGGAACUCCAAACAUUGGUUUCGUUGUUACCAUUCUCUGCAACAAUCCUUUGUAUCUUCUUACUUUUCUUCAUAUCCACAACAACGUUACCUAAAUUCCCCAAACCACCCUCCUCUACCACCACCAGCGCCAUUCCCAAAUCAUACCCAAUCUUGGGUUCCGUGUUUUCAAUUUCAGCCAACUUCCACCGCCGCAUCUACUGGAUCACCGACAUCCUCCACACCAUCCCUUCCUCCACCUUCGUCCUCCACCGUGCCUUCGGCUCCCGCCAAGUUUUCACGGCCAACCCCGCGGUCGUCCAACACGUUCUCAAAACCAACUUUCCUUGCUAUCGUAAAGGUCUCACAGUACACCGUUCCUUCGGCGAUUUCCUCGGAAAUGGCAUCUUCAACGCCGACGGUGAAACAUGGAAGUUCCAACGACAAAUCUCAAGCCACGAAUUCAACACUAAAUCCCUCCGUAAAUUCACCGAAACAGUCGUCGACGUUGAACUCUCCGAUCGCCUCCUCCCUAUUCUCUCUGAAGCUUCUCGAAACCAAAUCAUACUCCCUAAUUUCCAAGACAUCCUCCAACGUUUCACAUUCGACAACAUCUGCAUAAUCGCGUUCGGUUUCGAUCCAGAGUAUCUCCUUCCUUCUCUUCCUGAAACCGCGUUUGCAAAAGCCUUCGAUGACGCUACGCGAAUCAGUAGUGAGAGAUUCAACGCGGCGUAUCCAUUUCUAUGGAAAGUGAAGAAAAUCCUAAAUAUUGGAACAGAACGGCGUCUCAAAGAAGCCGUCGCAGAAGUAAGAGGACUAGCUACUAACAUAGUUAGAGAAAAGAAAAAAGAGCUUCUAGAAAAAGCAGCAUUGGAGUCAGUUGAUCUUUUAUCGCGUUUUCUAAGUUCUGGUCACUCAGAUGAAUCUUUUAUAACAGAUAUUGUAAUAAGUUUUAUCCUUGCGGGAAGGGAUACAACUUCAGCGGCACUCACGUGGUUCUUUUGGUUACUCUCAAAGCAUAGUCACGUGGAGAAUGAGAUUCUCAAAGAGGUUACGGGAAAAUCGGAAACGGUUAGUUACGAUGAGGUGAAGGGUAUGGUUUAUACACACGCGUGUUUAUGUGAGAGUAUGCGAUUGUAUCCUCCAGUUCCAGUGGAUACAAAGGAAGCUCUAUACGACGACGUUUUGCCAGAUGGUACUUUAGUCAAGAAAGGGUGGAGAGUUGCAUAUCAUGUUUAUGCUAUGGGAAGGUCCGAUAAAAUAUGGGGACCCGAUUGGGCCGAGUUUCGACCCGAGAGAUGGUUGAGUCGGGUUAAGAACGGUAAUUGGAGUUUUAUUGGGAUGGAUCCUUAUAGUUAUCCGGUUUUUCAGGCUGGGCCAAGAGUUUGUAUAGGGAAGGAAAUGGCGUUGUUGCAGAUGAAGAGGGUGGUUGCUGGGAUUGUAAAGCGAUUUAAGGUGAUUCCGGCUGUGGGAGAAGGGGUUGAGCCGGAGUACAGUGCGUACCUUACGUCAAUAAUGAAGGGUGGUUUUCCGGUUAGAAUUGAGAAGCGUAGCCACGUAACACACAUGUGAAUAAAAAAUUAAAGUUUCCUCUAGGGGUGGAUACCAGAUUGGGUUUGGUAGGUGUCAGUCCAAAAUACCACAUCCGUGACUAACCGAACUUCAUAUUAUACAACCCAAUUCCGACUGUUUUCUUCGUGAUUUCGCCGGUUAGUGGGUUGGUUGGACUUCGAUUGCUUCCGUUUGGUUCAAUAUCAAACUACCAAAUAUUUAGAAAACACUGGAUGUUGUGACUGAACAAGAAGAUAUGAAAAAUGAGAAUGGAGGAGUGAGAGAAGAGUAUAAAGAACUAGAUUCGGGCUAUGCACCACCUUAUCUCGUUGUUGGUAAUGGUAUGACCCCUUUGUACUUUGAAUGCUCUUCUUUCACCAUUUUACAAGAGUUUGCAUAGUUUUUGUUUUUUACCGUAUGCUUCUCUCUCAUAGUUGAUGUGCUACUAUUGUUUUUAUUCUGAAUUUUUAGUAUAGUAUGUUUUGUUUAAAUGUUCAAUAUUGCUAUACACACCAUCAUAUUCAUAUAGCUAUCUACACUCCAUAAAUUUUUUAUAACAUUAAAAUACUCUUUCUUAUUUGUUUA